AUGAGUUCUUUCAAGACCGGUAUCCAGUACUACCUGGAACCUCUACCCUUCCGUCGCCAACCUUUUCCCGAUCGCCCACUUCUCUUCUCUGAGAACUGCCCUCGCGGUCAUCGCCCUUCAUCACUCGACAUGAGCGGGAUCUCAAACUUCAACUACAUCCCCAAACCCAAACAAGUAAUGUCUCCUGGGACGUUUUGGAGAACGUUGCUUGCGGACAUUGAAAAUGUGAUUGGUCCCCGCACAGCAAGUCCUGAUCAGCAGGGCAAUGGAUCUUCACGAGGUGAGUUUGAUACCAACGGAGUAUCUCCUGUAACUGAGCUUGAAUCACUCUUUCCAAGCUUUGAUGUAUCGCCUUUGACAGAUGACGAUUCUUCAGAUUCAGAGUCUGAGUACAGCGAGUAUGAGUAUGAGAUUGAGCCUGAACCUUCGUCUACACAGAGCCUGUUCUGUCAUACGCUUACACCUAUUCUAUCACUUCACGAGCUCGGUCGUGAUCGGCCUGCUAGCGCCCCAGCGCUCCGAUGUGUAACUGCUCAACUUCCCGAUUCUCUAGGGAUGUGGCAGGAGGUAGAGCUGAGUCCCUUUGACGACUACACUUCCAGCGAUGAUGAGUCCCUUGGUAUUGGCAGAGCAGACUCUGAUGAUUCCCCUUGGGAAGACGAGUUUUUUCCCCUUGUCACCACUGGAAUGGCCAAUGCAUCUACCAUUUGCCAUGCACCAGACACGCCUCGAUUGUUUGAAGGCCUGAGUCCUCCCACUACCACAACUGGUGAGUUUGUAUCCAGCCGAUCUCCCGCUUUUGCGUUAACUGGGUAUGGAACCUUUGUCGUGCAGAUGCCCUUCACUCCUAAAUCUCCAACGUACAGUGAGACUGACCUGAUCCUUCUCUAUGGCGAGAACCGAAUGAGUGAGGAUUCAGGAGAUGGUGUUUGGGACUUUGUGUUCAUUUGGGUUAACACGAUCGUGACCUUUGUUGCUGUGAGCACAUAUAUGAUUGUGCUUAUUGCAAUUCUGAAGUCUUCCCUGAACUAA